CGCGUCAGCACUUGUCGGGGAAACAGCGCGUCUGCGAUGCCGGAUCGAUGGCAAAUCGUGCGGCGAGAUGCACAGCAUCAAAUGGUACAAAGCUGACACCAGAGUCUACGUGUACUCUGCCUCGAAAGACUCCCCCAUCAACCGUCCUGAAGGAGAAAUGGUUAAUAGGAUUUCGAUAGCCCACCAGCCAAACGCGACUUCAGCUGAGCUGGUGAUAAAUGACGUGAAGGCUGAAGACGAGGGGGUCUAUCGAUGCGAGAUCACGUACCUGCAAGUAGGCGAGGACUGUAACACAGUGCAGGUUACCGACUUCCACACUUACAUCAAGCCUAAGGCGGUGGAGCUGAUAACGGGAGAGAGAAAGAUCCUAGUGGACGGUGAGGUCCUCGGACCGCUUCUGGAGCGAACAAAGAUCAACAUCAGCUGUAUCGUGAGAGAAGGAAAACCACAGCCCAAGGUCGUGUGGUACUUCAACGGAAAGGAGAGACUUGACGCCCAGACGCAAACUCCGGACAACAGUACCGUGAUACACACGCUGUCGCUAACGGUGACGAGAGAAGAAAUAGGGGGGAAGCUUCAGUGCACUGUUUCAUCGGCCGCUCUGGACAAUCCAAUUACGAAGAAAAUAUCCCUCAACGUCAAAGUGCCACCGAAUAAGACCUUUAUUUAUGGUGACGAGGAACACGCGACCCACGGCACUCUCCUGACCUUGAUGUGCACAGCUUUGGGCGCAAGACCAGCCGCCACAAUCGAAUGGUUCAAUGGCACUAAGAAACUGAGCCCCGACGAGCAUAACAUACAUCAGCGGCAAAUCGAAAUGACUGAUACGACUUUCAAUACGAUUUCCAAUCUAACGAUCGAAGCAACGCGCUUUGAAAACGGCCAGAAAUUUCACUGCGAGGCUGCCAAUGAGGUCACCAUCGAGACAAAGGAUCAUCCUAUGCACGCCACCAGAGAACUAGAAAUUUGGUAUCCGCCGAUAGUUCGUGUUGAACCGAAAAACAUCACAGUGAUCGAAGGCUCAAAACUGCUCCUCAAAUGUGAAUACGAAAGCAACCCUUCAUCUCUAAGCGCCGUAUUUUGGUUCCGGGAUGGCGAACGAGUCAACGUGAAUGACACAGCACACUACCAAGGGGGCACCACGGAUCAGCACUCGCUCAUCAUCAUGAACGCCAGAGGAGUCGACAUGGGAAACUAUACUUGCCUGCUGACGAAUUCUGUUGGAAACGGCACCAGCGAGGACAACAUCGUCGUCAACGUGCUUUACAAACCCCAAGUUCGCCUAACCAUGAGCUCUCCAAGUCCCAUCUUAGAGACUGACCACAAGAAUGUGACUCUGACAUGCGAGGUAGUCUCCGGGAACCCACCGACGCUGGACGAAGUAAUUUGGUACCUGGAUGGGGAAGUGUUGAAGCAUCUUCCUGACUGUAAUGGAACUGAUGGAGAUGAGAACCUCUGCAACGAGGUGGAUCCAUCGAUGCUGCUUCUACAGGACACCACCAAGAGUUUCCACGGGAAUUACUCCUGUAAGGGCAAGAACUUCGCUGGCUGGGGAGACGUCAGCGAAAAGACCGAGCUGGUGGUCAAUUAUCCACCGGGGCCAGCAAAACUGACAUAUUCACCGUGGCGCGUUAUCAAAGGCAAGAGUCUGGUACUGAGUUGCAGCAUUGAAGAAAAAGGAAGACCAGAGGCCAACAGGUUCAAAUGGCAUCGAGGCGGUAGACUGAUCACCGACAUCGUGUCCCAGAACUGGACCAUAGACCCGGUCACGUUGGACAACAGAACGAACUACUCCUGCCGGGGCGUCAGCAUCGGCGGCAUGGGGGAGCCGGCCACGACCUUUGUGGAUGUCCUCGCCCCGCCGAGCUUCCAGUACGCCAUGAACCAUUACAGCGGAGCUUUAUAUAAAUCUCAGAACAUAUCGCUGUCUUGCACGGUGGAGUGCGCCCCGCCCUGCGGCGUCCAGUGGCUCAAGGACGGCCAGGUCAUCAGCGAGGACAACGAGCGCUACUACGUGGAGGAGACGGCCAUCGCGCCCCAAGCCAACCGGAACGACUUCGAGGCCACGCAGUCCGUGCUGCGCUGGAACAUGUCGGCGUGGCCGGGCGGCGCUCUGGACCGCGCGGCUGACGCGGCCAGCUACACCUGCCGCUCCUCCAGAAACCUGGCUGGGCCCCCGGUCAACAGCACCACCAAGUUUGCAGUCGAAUACGAGCCAGAGAACAUAACGGUGAAUCCGAGCAUCGUCUCCGUGGUGGAGAACGAGGUGCCGGCCAAGGUCGUCUGCUCCGCCAGGGGUUUCCCGACGCCGUCGUACUGGUGGAGGCGCGAGGACGCGACUCGUAGUCGCGCCAAGGCGCAGCGCCCGCCGCUGUCGGCCUCCGGUACGCUGCUGCUGGGCGCCGUGCAGCGCCGCGACGCCGGCCGCUACGUGUGUGAGGCCUACAACCGGCACGGCGCCGUCAGCACCGCCGUGCUGCUAGACGUGCUGUAUAUUCCUGAAUGCGGCAUACAGCAGACCAACAUCGACGGCGAACAGGUGCUGGUCUGCAGCGCCAAGGCCAACCCAGCAGAAGUUUCCUUCAUGUGGAAACUGAAGAAUGAUAACGACAGCCUAACGGAUGAGAAGAUAUGGCAGGCCGGGACCCAGAGCUAUCUGCGGCUCAGUCCUGGUGUGGACGUCUACAGGACCUACCUGUGCUUUGCGAACAACAGCGUGGGCGUCUCCAGGCCCUGCGAGCGAGAUGUCAUGGCCAACUUGGAAAACUUCACUUCGAAAGUUUGGUGGCGCGACCAACAAAAGCUCCUGAUGAUCGGCGGCAUAGCGCUGGCCGCGCUCGUCCUGACCGUGAUCCUGUGCAUCAUCAUAAUAUGCAUAUGCCGGAGGAUGCGCGCCAAAUCCAAAUACAAUAAUCCCGUCGAAUUAGAAGAAAGGGAGAACCCGGACGGUAGCUGUUUGAAUGAAAGCUCUAUAGCUCAGACGAUAAUAUCUCAAGCUCUGCCCGCUCUCUCGCCGCGUUUGAGCUUAUCGUUCAGUCCAAAAUCAUCCGACCGAACUCGCUUGGUAGACCCACAAAAUCGACGCAGCCUUGAGCUCAACAAAUUCGAUACUAACACUAGCAAGCUAGAAUCGACGGUGACUGAAACCGAAGCAGACGAUACUGCACCUAAAACGGAAGACAAUAAACCCGAAACUUCUGUAACGCCAAACAGAUGGCCAUUAAAACCGGGGGUGCUUGUACACGUCAAUUCUAAUCACACCCUCAGCCCCAAAAACCAGACUAGGGUGGCCUCUAACAAUGCCAAAACUGAGUCGAACCUAGGUCUUCUCGAGAGGAAUGCUAACAACAAAACCGCCACCCCUGCAGCUAAGCCUAAACGCCAAAACGUGAUAAGCGAGAUCAUGAGGAACUUGAGAAUCAAGAGUGACAGUUCGGACGACAGCGGCAAGUACAAGAAGAUCAAUAAAAGUAAUAAGCGUGUCAUGUCACUGGCAUUGGGCCGGUCUGGGUACGCGCCGAAAAACAGAUUUAAAUCAUUGUUCCAAAGCGAUUCUCCCAAUGUAGUCGUCACUGAAGGAGUUGUGUCAUUCAAAAGGCCAGUUAAGGCUCACAAAACCGCGCUACCGAUUAGCGAAACGCCCGUAAAUAGACCGGCUAGAAAAAGGAAAAAGCCCGGAGACAGCCCUCCUACGAAUGGCGUAGAUAAUGCCGCGAACGGCAACCUUGGGGCGGAGCACCCGGGUCUCUACGAGAACCUGCCGUUCCACGGUCUACAGCAACCUCCGAACAAGCCCGUGCAAGCCAUCCAGCCGAGGGUAGUUGAUAGGGCACAGAAAGCACCGAAAGACGUCCAGACGCUUCAGAAGCAGCUCACAACGAACCCUUCCUUCGCCCCGCGAGUGGUCUGUCCGCCGUUCGUACAAAACACUCUAUACUCAAUACCGACGAAUGCUCGGCUUCAGUACGGGGUUCCCCUCAUCAGUCCCCUGCCGCAGAUGUACCCGGUACACCAAGUCCUGCUGAACCCGUACCUGCCGUCGAUGCAAGCGUCCUACUUAAAACAUAUCCCGACCAUCGACGAGGAAGCCGACAGGAAAUUCUCUUCCCUAAACACGAGAGCGUCGAGAAAGCCGCCCAGGUUUCAGUCAAUGAGGAUUGUCAGGAAACGUAACAUCGAGAGGUUCUACCCGAACACUGAAUACGGAGAAAACUUUAAUGAGAUCAAUAACAACAAGAGCGGAUCAGAUAACGACAGGGACUCCACCGAAGACAACCUGUAUGAGAACUGUCCCAAUAGCGUGGACUUGAUACCGCAAGAUAAAUACGAAAAUCUAACUGACUCCAUACAAAUAUGCGAAAUAAGCUGCGACGAAAUGAACCUCUCAACUAACACUUUGAGCAGACCGGUUCCAGCUCCGCGGACAAAAAUAUCACCUAUGACGUCACCAGUGAAAAAAGACCACGUCUAUGUAAACCUCUCAAUGCCACUAAUAAACACUAAAUAUACGAGGUCUUUUGACGCCAUUGACGGGCCAAUCAGAGCGUCGCGGUCCGCUGUGGAGCUCUCGGCUAAAGACGAAGAGGGAAGUGACCAAGCUGACACAGAUAACAACGACCAGGAGACAGAUGCUACUAAUGACGAAAAUACAAAGCCCAAUAUAAUAGGUGCUACCCCUAAACGAAACUUGUCAGUUAUACUACCGUCCUCGUCUUUAGUGAAAUCUGUAGUGGACCAACUGAACGAGCAGGGGAUCAAUAAAGUAGGGCUGCCACCGAGGCAAGUGAUAACGCCAAACAAAACGCUGCAAAUACCAAAGUUGGUUGAGAAACCGGUGCCGAAGCGAAGCGUCGUGCGCCGCAGCAGCUCUGUGCAAGGCAACUUGGCUAUGGACACUGAUAAUGGUCAGAACACUAACGUCUUACAACAGCAAUACAUGCAAAAGCGCAAUCACUUUAGCAAUUUAAGUGCGAAAGGGAAGAACAAAAAGAAUUUUCAGAUACCGCUCCAAAAACACCACAGCUUCUGUUACUUCCAACCCAUUAGAGUAGACAAGAGAACGCCGGCAGACAGGUCGUACAACAACACCAUCGGUCCGCUGAUCUAUCAGCCCGCAGACCCUCAGUACUACACGAAAACCUUGAACAGAACACGAGAGAAAAACACCCACAAGUUAAAUCGCCUAAAGAAGUCAGAGAGCCUUAGAGAGAAGCUCUCUUGCGUGGGUCUGUAUGACCCCUGCGACAGGGCGGAGCACCCAGAGCCGGGGCGCGGAGCCCGGCCGCGACCCCCAGGCCCGGGACACACGGCCAACUCAGUGCGGAACAUAAACACUGACUACCCAGGUAGCGACGCGACCAAAGACGAAAAAACAAAGCAUAAGAAGUUAGUCUAUGCCGACCUAGCUCUAGGUAACCACAAUAUGAAGUUCAAAAACACUGUCAAUUCUAACAGGCAUCUGUAUGACACGUAUAGUAUAAGUAGUGCCGAUACUAACAAUGUCACUAACGGUGGCCACAAGCACGCUCCGAGCCAGACAAGGGCAAGCGGCCAGCAGAGGAGUGACUACGCCACUCUAAAAUUUAACGAAAUUGAUGUAUGAGGAGCGCUUUACCAAGAGUGACACGUACAUAUUUUAAAAAAGCCUUACCGGCCCGAGGACCAGUUCAUCUACGCCGACGCCGACCUCAAGGACUAC